CUGCUGAGUAGGAAAAUACGUUUAUUUACAGACAGAUUGAACAGUAAUCAGGUUUUGUUUGAGCGUGUAAACAGCCUGACAGACAGCUCCACCUGAACAAACACAUCAUGAGCGAAUGAUCAGAAUCAUCCAGGUUUCAUCCCUGAAAUCAUAAUCUGCUCCCGGCUCUCGCUGUCAGCGUGAAUAAUUAGAAAAACGGUUUGUUUCAUCUUUGUUUUGACAGGAGUUCAUAUUUACACCGUUUGUUCUUCACCGAGGCUGUGGGAGGUGACGCUCGCACAGUUUGAUAACUGCACCAUGAAAACAGGGCAAAUCUCAGUCCUCAUAGUCUCAGUGUCCCAGACCCUCUCAUGUCUCAGACCCUCUCAUGUCCCAGACCCUCUCAUGUCUCAGACCCUCUCAUGUCCCAGACACUCUCAUGUCUCAGACUCUCUCAUGUCCCAGACCCUCUCAUGUCCCAGACCCUCUCAUGUCCCAGACCCUCUCAUGUCUCAGACCCUCUCAUGUCCCAGACCCUCUCAUGUCUCAGACUCUCUCAUGUCUCAGACCCUUUCAUGUCCCAGACCCUCUCAUGUCUCAGACCCUCUCAUGUCUCAGACCCUCUCAUGUCCCAGACCCUCUCAUGUCUCAGACCCUCUCAUGUCCCAGACCCUCUCAUGUCUCAGACCCUCUCAUGUCUCAGACCCUCUCAUGUCCCAGACCCUCUCAGUGUCUCAGACCCUCUCAUGUCCCAGACUCUCUCAUGUCUCAGACUCUCUCAUGUCCCAGACCCUCUCAUGUCUCAGACCCUCUCAUGUCUCAGACUCUCUCAUGUCUCAGACCCUCUCAUGUCCCAGACCCUCUCAUGUCCCAGACUCUCUCAUGUCUCAGACCCUCUCAUGUCCCAGACCCUCUCAUGUCCCAGACCCUCUCAUGUCUCAGACCCUCUCAUGUCCCAGACCCUCUCAUGUCUCAGACCCUCUCAUGUCCCAGACCCUCUCAUGUCUCAGACCCUCUCAUGUCCCAGACCCUCUCAUGUCCCAGACCCUCUCAUGUCUCAGACUCUCUCAUGUCUCAGACCCUCUCAUGUCCCAGACCCUCUCAUCGCUGUGUUUGUUUUACUGUAAUGUCACUCAGCUGAGGUCGUACCUGCACAGGAAACAGCGCCUGUCAGAAACCUGGAUGUGAUGAACACAUGCAGCAGUACGCCGCUCUCUGUCAGAGUCCUUAAACUUCGGUUUCUCAGAGCGGAAAAACUUCAUUUCAUCUCUGAAAUCAGGACAUGCAAAAACAUGAAAACAGGACCUGGUAAACUCAGACAAACCCAGACUCCCGGGACCACGUAAACACACACAACAAUGCUAACAGGAAGUAGCAGGUUAACGGACAGUGAGCAGGCAGCUACGCUAAUUAGAAACCCGACAAGUGGAGCUGUCUCGCUCAGGAAACUGUGACGUUUUAGAAAACUACAAACAUCCAGAUCCUGCUGAUACCCGGUAAGAUGGAGCAGGAUUACGCCCCCCUUGUGGACUCCUUCUGUUUGAGUUUACUGGACUUGGAUCCUCUUUGUUGCAGCAGGAGGGGAGGCGGUUUUAACGUUGACUUGUUUUCUGUGAAUGUUUCUGUUGGUUCCUCCUCCAUCUACUCAGUCCGUUUCCAUGACACUAAAGAAAACCGAAUUAUCGCCUUAUUCCGAUUAAGACCGGACAACUGAAGGUCAUGUAAACACCUUAGUCUGACUAUAAUCGGAGUUUGAGAACUCAGAUUCAGACACCCAGAUAAUGAGAUUGGAAUCCGAUUUUCUCUACCAUGUAACCAGCGUAGUCGGAGAAUGAUGCCACGCCCCUGUAACCCCGGAACAAAACCCCCAGAGUAGAGGAGUAGCGUUGGUCUCAUCUUUAGAAAAAGUAGCGCGUCCAUCAUGUCGGACAAAAACAACGCUGUACGAUGCUUCAUCUUCUUGUUUCUCCAAAAUGCCCAGCAGCAGUUGUAGACACUUCUGACGUCUGACACCGACCUGCUGUUGUUGUUGACGGUUGUAACAGACCCAUAUCGCCCCCUAGUGUUGGGGAGGAGGACACGUUCACGUCAAUAAUUCAGUUUUCUCAGCUGCAUGUAAACGAGGACGAGGAGAGAAGUCGGAUUCAGAGAAAAAGACGAAUUAUGAGUUUAGUCGGAUUAAACUGUGCGUCUGUGUCCGUCACUUUCAGGGUGGUCUUCGGUCACUCUGGUGAAGGUCUCAGCGACUCCAAGCUGCCAAGGAGGAAAUUAAAAUCUAAGUGUUUCCUCAGUUCACCGGGAUCCUCUCGGCUCUGAGUCCACAGACCUCCUGCUCCUCCGGAUUAGCUGGUUCUCCUUCUUUAUUGGCUGAAAUGUCCUCAAAGGAGCAGACAUGAACAUGAGUUAGCGUGUGGAGAUCAGACCUCUUCACGGUCCCUGCUCACCCUGUCUAGAUUCUGUUCUGCAGAACCACCUGCUCACUUUACAUCAUCCAAGACCUCAAACUCAGUCUCAUGUGAACUUCAGGAAUCUCAUCUUUGAGCACCAAACAAAAAGCGUCACAGCAGGAGUCAAAAAGAGCCUGGAGGGGGUUCAGUGGGUCCUCCAUCCAAAGAGAGCAUCCAUCCAUCUUUACAUCCAUCUUUACAUCCAUCCAUCUUUACAUCCAUCGGUUCCACUCAGAGGGAGGUCUGUUUUUGAUAAUCUAAAGAUGAAAAUGUGACUUUAUCUUCAGGAGUCACUCGGAGACGUUUACAGGGUCACCAGGUUUGAAGGUCAGAGAUGGUCGGAGAGCGUCUGGUGAUGAUGUCAUGGUUUGCUGGUUUUGGUCUGUACAUCCGGUUUGUUUUAUAAAAAAGAGAGAGAGAGACAUCAGAAUUCGUCCGUCUGCUCCUCCUCAGCUGAAGAAGUCUUUAGAAAUGGCCUCCACAAAGUUCGGCGCGGACAUGAGGAUGCCGAUGGUGCAGAGGAUGGUGAAGAGCGAAAACGCCACCAGACACAGCCGGUCGAUCACCGCCGCGGCGAACUUCCACUCAUUGCAAACCGUCUCAUCCUCGUCCUGACCUCGGAAACGCCGGGCGAUGUACCUCACCUCCUCCAGGAUCAUGUUUAGCUCCGCCUCAAGGGCCGAGCCUCCGAUCAGCCCUCCCCCUCCUCUCGCUGAAGCUCCGCCCCCUCCGCGUAGCAUGUCCUCAUCCCCGCCCACGCCGCCUCCUAUGAGGCGUGAGCAGAGGAGCUCAGGGUCGGCAGAGGAGGCGUAGUGCAGCCCCUCCAUCCCUCUGAAGCCCACGUACAGCAGGUUGCCGUUGGUGACGGGCGUGUGAUGUCGCAGCGACGCCUGGCUGACGCUCAGCUCCAGGCUGGACAAGCUGCCGCGCUGACGCUUGGAGGCGUUGUGACACGCCAGGCGGACCUUCGCCUCCCCGGGGCGCCGCAUCCUCAGGAACCAGGCGCACCAGUUUAACAGAAUCACACGAGUCUGAAGGAGGAAAGGAAGGAAGGAGAGGAGGAGAGGAAACGAGGAGACGAGAAUGAAGGAGGAAAAUAAUGAAACAAAAUAAGUGAAGAAAAGAAGGAGAAGAAAAAGAAGAAUAAUGUGAAAAAAACAGAUGGAGAGAAAGAAGAAGAAAAAAGAAAGAAGGAAGAGAACAGAAACAGGACAAGAAUUUAAGACAAGGAGGAAAGAGGGGAGGAAGAAGGAAGAAAGAAGAAGAAAGAAGAAAGAAGAGAAAGAGGGAAGAAAAAAGGAAAAAAGAAGAAAGAAAAAAGGAAAUGAGAAGGAAGAAAAAUGAGGGAAGAAAGAAGGAAGAAAAUAGAAUGAAGGAAAAAAAAAAGAAAGAAAGAAGGAAGGAAAAUGAAAGGAAAAAAAGAAAGAAAAAAGAGAAAGUAAGACGGAAGAAAAGGAAGAGAAAAAUAAAGAAGGAAGAAAGACGGAGGAAAAAAGGAAGAAAAAGGGAAGAUAGCAGAAAAAAAGAGGAAAGGAGGAAGAAAGAGGGAAGAAAGAAGGAUCAGGUGGCAGCAUUAAAAAGAAGAAGAGACUACAUCUAUAAGUCGACUUACAGAAAUAUUUACAUAAAGUCAAUAAAAAUUCAUUUAUUCAGAAACUGUUUAUGCAGAACCAGAUAUACAUGUUUACAUUAGAGAGAAACGUGCGUGUGUGUGUGUGUGUGUGUGUGUGAAUGUGUGCGUGUGUUUCCGCUGCAGCAGGAGCAUCAGUGUGUAAAUAGACCUUAAAUAAAGUAGAUGCUUGGCUCUCAAAGGUCAAAGUGUCUUUUCCUUUAAAUUGUUGAUAAUUUAUCAAACUCAUGAACGACAGUCAAACCGGAGCUGCUGCAGCAUCCAAUCAGUGAGUCAGAUUUGAUUAGGGGCGUGUCUGUGCGUCAUCAGGUUUCCCUCCUCUCUCCUAGAUCCUCUCUCAGGAGAGAGAGUGCCUCUGGUGUUCACACGUCUGUUCACAUCGCUCUCUCUCUCAGACGUCUGCAGCCUGCACUCUCUCUCUCUCCCUCUCUCUCUCCCUCCCCCCCCCCCUCUCUCUCUCUCUCUCUCUCUCUCUCUCUCUCUCUCUCCUGCUGCAGAGAGUCUAAAUGAGACCGAUCCGUCCUCUCAGCUUCACCUUCACAGCUCAACAGUCCUCCCUCGUCUUCAUCAGAUUCAGAGGGGCAGUCAGCUCCACACCCGUACCCUGACUCACACCUUCAGUACACACACACACACCUACACACACACACACCUACACACACACACACACACACACACACACACACUCAAACGGCUGAGGUAAGCGCUCUGCCCUUCAAACUCAACUAUGAUAAAAUCUGCCUCCCCCCCACAGGAGAGCAGGAGUGUGUGACUAAAAACCAGAUCAGGGAGCUCCAGGUCCCGCCCAGUCAGCCCUUCGAUUAAAGGUCCUUACACACCGGGAACGACGCAAAUAUACGACGCAAAAUUACAAAAUAUUCUGAGGCAAAUUUUGACGCAUUUAUACGACGCAAAAUUACACGUUUGGACCGCAGAGUCCCAAAGAGGAAGAGAAGAGGGGAAGGACUGACCCACUGAGGCAUGUGUCCUCCAUCCGGGUCGUGGUGAUGAUACUGCAGAACCAGAACUGUGGCGAUGACGGACAGACCCACGAUCACCAUGGUGGUGGCAAAGUACUGAGCUGAAACACAGAGGUCAAAGGUUAAAGAGGGGAAGGAGGAGGAGGGGUUUAUCAGAGCGACGAGGGUCCGAGUGAAGGUCUUACCUAUGAGAGGGACGGAGUCAGAGGUGGCCGGCAUGAUCUCCGCCACGAGGAGCAUGAAGACGGUCAGAGAGAGGAGCACGGUGAUACCUGCAGAGACAGAGGAGAGUCCAGACCUUCAGAACAGAACCCAGGAUCCCCCCCAACCUGGUGGUCUCUGCCACCAAAGAGGAACAGAGAGACAGAAUACAACACUAUAGGAUGGGCUGUGACAUGAUCUGAUGGAAUAUAACACAAAAUGAGGAAAUGAGAAAUAUGAUACUGAACAAUGAGACGGUAUGAGAUGAGAUUUAACACAAUAUGAUCAGAUAAGAAAAAGAGGACACACAAUCAGUUUGGAAACACACACAAUAUAAUGUGAUUUAAGAUCGAAACAAAAUGACACACAACCACAGAACAUGAUGGAACAAGAUUCAAGUCACGAAAAUACGUGAUGAUACGACAUGUCAUGGUAGAAUAUCUUAUAAUAUGGAAGGUAAUGAUAUGGUGGGACAGUCAAAUAUGACAUGAUAUGUGUAGGAUAGGAUACACUUCAGCAGGAUAUGAUAGACUAUGAUAGACUAUGAUAUGAUACGAUACUUUAUAAUUCAAUAUAAUAUGAUAGGUUUACCAUUUAAUAUAAGGAAUGAUUCAAUACGAAAUGAUACCAAAGCAUAACAUGGAAUAUGACAGGAUACGAUUUAAAUUCAAUAGGACACAUGGGAUUAGAUUAGAUUAGAUGAGAUUAGAUUAGAUUAGACUAGAGUGACUUUUUUGAUCUUUUUGGGAAGGUUCCUUUAAAGGGAAAUUUAAGAUCUGGUUUAAUACGAUAUGAUAAGCUGAUAAAAUGAUAAGGUUUGGUACAAUACGGUAUGAUGGACUACGAUAUGAUACGUUAUAAUUUAAUAUGAUAGGUUUACCAUUCAAUACUAUAUGAUUCAAUUCAACAUGAUAUGAUACCAAAGCAUAGGAUCUGAUUUAAUUUAAUAGGACAGGAUUAGAUUAGAUUAGAUUAGAUCGACUUUGUGGAUCUUUUAGGAAGGUUCCCUCAAAGAAAUUAAAAAUAAUAUUUAAUACGAUUUAAUAAGAAAAAAAAAGAUACGACAGGAUACAGUUUGGUACAAUGUGAUACAAUAUUUAACAAUAACAUACAAUACGGUUUAAUAAGAUAUGAUACAUUUCAAUAAAACAUGAUAUGAUACCAAACCAUACUAUAGGAUACGAUACAAUACAUACAAUGAGAUGUGAUUACCUUAUGUUAUAAUUUAAUACAAUAUGAUAUCAUACUAACCGUGUAAAACAAUAAGAUAUGAAACAUUAAGAUUAAAUAUGAUCUGAUAUGUGAUGAGAAACAGUGUGAUAAGGUACAAUAUGACAUAUGAAGGACAUGAUGAAGUUAGAUAUGGUUAUCAUAGGAUAUGAUACAGUACAAAUCUACACAGUCAGAUGUGAUAUGAUUCAAUAAGUAUUAUUUUUUACAGUGAUAUUAAUGAUUUUAAAUGACCAGAUGAAACGAUAGAACAUCUCACAUUUAGAUUAAAGAACAGGAUAAAUAUCAUCUGUGAAAAGAGUCAUAAAGGAGGGAAAUAAUAAUACGUCCAGAUGAUAUCGUACCGAACCGAACACAUUGAACUGCGUCAUCCCCGGUGAAAAAGGAACCCAAAAUGAUCGCAGAACCACACUAAACCACUUUAAGCAGACCUAUCUGUUUAUUUUCAGAUUCUCAAACGUUCCCUCGGUUAAAUCCAGCAGCUCUCGGUCCAUCACGGUCCCCCGAUGUUCUCUGGCAGCUCCGACUGAACAGCUGCUGAGCUCAGGUUCGAGGGAAAUUGGACGAAGUUUCAAUGAGAUAAAAGGAUGUUUACCCAGAAAUGAGAGGAUGAAUUCCCCAGACUGAGCAUGAUCGGAUGAAUCUGUGCUGAGCUGCCAGUUCGAGCAGAAGUUGGAGAGGAGGAGAUCUGACUGGCACCUGUGAAAUCGAAACCUGAGGCCUAUUUUUGAGCUUUUUGACCGACAAAGACACAAACAAGCUCUUCACUGAUCUGCUUCGUAAUCCUUCGGGGGAAAUCUGACGAUCAAAGCAGAAAAACUGCAAACCGAUGAUUUCAGAUUCUCUCUAAUAUCUCUGAAAUCUGAGCGUCUGUCUUCGUGGUGUCAGAGUGAAGUUCUCUCUCUGAAGAAGACCGACAGAUUUCAGUUUGAGUCUCUUACACUGAAAUAAAAAGAUGAAGACAGCCGGGACUUUCUCCAGGAGCUGGGAACCACUUCAGGAACUUUUGAAGGCAUUUGCAGAGCAGGAACCAGACAGGGGCGUGUCCAGACUUUCUCAGGUAGGGUGGCCGAAAUGGGACUUUGUGUAUUUAAGAAACAUAAUCAUGAAUUAAAGACAUUUACUCACCUUUUGUUUGCCAAAAGUGUAAACACAUUUUUGUUCAGAACAAACCAAGAAAAGAUGAAAUACUACGAGAACAUUAAAGCCCCAACAGUUGGUUUCAUGAGUCCCGCCUCUGAUGAAGCGAAAACCCCAAUCAUAGUCUAGGAUUUGGAGGUACCAGAGCACCAGCACCUUAUAAGAUCAUAAGGAGGAACCAGCAAACGUCCUUAAAACCAGGGUCUACAUGAUCCCAGUCACUGCUGGGGGGCCAGUACUUGGAAAGUCCCGGACCUCCAGUCCUGUCAGCUUUUAAAAGGGGUAAGGUAAAAGCCAAGAGGACCGGAGCUGAUGGUGUUCUUCUAGGAACGAAACGGUUCCUGUGGUCCUUUGUCUCCACAGUUCUACUGGGUCCUGAAGUCCUGGGUCAAUAAUGAGGCUCAGGUCAAUGACAUCCAGGGACGGUCUUUGAAUUUAUUCAUCUGAACUCUUCUGCCGAACUUUAGUGAAAUAAAGUCACAGAUCACGUUGGCAGCAGGUCAGCUGAACUGAUUAUUGAACAUCAGGUAUAACUGAACGAUUUGUUCUGAUCCUGUAAAAAACAAGACAAACUUAAACGAGAGAACCUACGCACCACAAAGUUUGGAGGGAUUUGUUGUGUCACCCGGGAUUUCCAUCGCAUCCGGAACGGCUCCGAUCCGGAAAGGCGGCAGUUUUCGCUGUACGCCAAUUCCUACCGGAUCCAUUUGUGAGGCGAAUUCCGUGGCAGAUUACAGAGAUCAGGAAUCGCAAGAACUCACAAGAACCUGCAGAUUCACGUUCAAUCGUACGAUAACGAGUCGUCUCUCUAAAGACAGACACAUAGACAUAUAAGCAGUAGAUCGUGUCCUUCCAGAGGAGGAAAUCUACUUCUAGACUUCUAGAAUCAGCAUCUCCUCAUCCAUGGUGUCAUCGGGGUGAAAUGACGUCUAAAAACCACCGGCGUCCAGAAAAAAUAGAACUCUUGUGAUCAGCUGAGGAGUCCGGCGAUCCGCAGAGGAACGGAGAGAAGUCGGUGUAAAUUGACACGUUAACUUGAAUGGUUACGAUCAGCUACGGAGGAUACGACCUUUUAGGAGACGAUCAGGAUGAAGGUGGAGAUCGGGGUUAAGAGGUUGUAGUUUCUUACCCAGUGAAAUCUUCUCUCCGGAGUCAGCGGGCAGCAGGAAGACCAGCAGAGCGAGGGUGGAGAUGAGGACACAGGGGAUGAGGAGGUUGAGUCCGUAGUAGAGCGUCCUCCUCCUCAUCACCACGGUGAAGGUCACAUCAGGGUACGGCUCCUUACAGCAGUCGUAGAAACGCUCGUUUCUGCGUCCAGGAACCUCUGCAAAGAAAACAAAAUACAGCACAGAUGUUAGUGUCUCUGAUGCUGUCAGCUUUAGUUUCAUAAUCAAAACAUUAAUAAUAAAGAGUUCCACCAAACGCCGCGUUUGCAUCGAGGUCUUUGAAUCUAAGACACAGUUUUCACAGGAGCUCAGAGUCCUCUGUAGCAAUCAAGACAACCCUGGGUGUAAAACUCACACAUUCCUCAAAGGGAAGUUUCCUUAUCUGGUCCCAGGAAACAGGAUAUAAAUCUUUCCAGACUUGUGUGCACUUUCAGGUUACCUAACUGACCCAAGACCGGAGGUUGACUUAACCUCUGACUCUUCACGAUUGGUCGAUUCGGAGAACAGAGACAGAGUUUUAUUACCUUUCAAACUGACUCCAUUUGCUGACCAUCUAAAUAAACAUUAACCUCAACCUAGAUCUCCCAUUUGAGAUUUAGCAGUCUUAAAGUGUGUGAACAUACGGACCCCAGGAUAAGGGGGGGACACUGACCUCCAGACCUCGGUCGUAAAACCCUGCUCGACCAUACACUGAUAAAGACUACAUUCCUUUGGUGAAAGAAUACAAAUGACUGAUCCUGACAUCUUAUGCAUUCAGCAAUGUACUAAUCUGUCUAAUCAUGAAAUUUGUGUUAAAAUGAGAUGUUUCCCGUUUUUCUAUGUGCUCCAGAAGCCGAGUUAUCGCUCUUUAGUUUCUUUAGACCAACAGCUUUUCAGACUGUUUCAUGAACUUUUAAGAGUUAAAUUUAUUGAUUGUGACUCAUAACUUAGCUCUAAUUAACAGAAAUGGUUUAGAAAUGUUUGUUCUAUAUUUUAAUCGUUUAUUUAGUAUUUUUAACCAUUAGGUGGUUAUAAUGUCAUUGAAUAACCUGAAUGUGAGUAUUUAGAAUCCAUCAUUAAUCAUGAUGACGUUCAUUCACAUGUAUUUACUCUUUUGUUGUUCACAGUUUCCAUGUGUUACUAUCUGUUUCAUUUCAGAGUAAUUUAGCAUGUUCAAUGUGAUACUUAAAACAUAAUGAGAAUGUUUGAUGUGAUCCUACACUUCAUUCAUAUGUGUUUAGUAUCAAAUUAUUUAUCAUGAAACCAAGCAUUCAAUGAUAUUAAUCAUAGUGAGUGAGUAUCAGAUCUGACUCUUUUACCAGCCAAAAGAAUAAGUUAGAUCAAAUAAUCAGAGACCCGAUGACCCCUCCUUUUUCUCCUCAGACACUCCCAGUGUGAGAAGAUAAAACCAGUGGAGUGGGGUUGCUCACGUCUCUUAUCUCUCUCUUAUCCUCUUAUCUCUCUUAUGCUUCUCUCUCUUGUUCACUCUUAUUCUCUCUUAGCUCUUAUUCCUCUUAUGCUUCUGCUCUUCUGCUGACUCUCUUGUCCCCGGCUCUUAUGCCCCUUCUCUUCUGUCCACACCCUUCUGUGGUGCGUUUCUUUGCUUUCUCUUAGAACUUUUUCUUAGUCUUCUAAGUUUUACGCCACGUGUUGAUUCACGUUGAUUUUUCUUUAACAUCGUCUUAGUUCAAGUUUUGAAACUUCAACUUUUUGUGCACAUAGCAAUUCAAGAUUAAGCCUUUGAUUGAUUUUCUUUAAUUUCGCGAAGCCAUUUUUGAAAGUUUUCUCUGCUCUUCGAGCCUCGUUUUUCUGAGUUUUCUGCGUGAUUUCAAAGUCACCUCCGAACGCAAUCCAACAGGCCCAGGUCAUCCUCUGUGCCAGAGUUUUUGAGUGAGACUAAAGAAGUACCCAAACGAGCAUCCACAGGAUCCACAGGCGCUGGUUUUUGCUUCGGGCCUGAGUGCUGCAACUCCUGGCUCAUCCUUCGGCUGACUUCAGUCGUCUUCUGAGCUGAACCGCUCGAACCGCCAGUAGCCCGGACCUUCGGAACCUGCUCCAUCUUCUCCAAGGACCAGUCUCACUUAAGUAUGCAAACCUCCAGAGCUCUAAAGAGGGCUGAUGCUGUCUCCUGCGUUCAACUCAGAUAUCCUCUUAUUCUGGUAAUCUUAGAUUCCUCCAAAUCCACAUCCGAGUUUAUCUCGACACUAAAGUUAGUGUAGGUUAAUAUGUUAGCGCAUAUUCACUCACUAUCAUUAACUUUAGUGCUCCUAGCCUGACUCAGAAUCUUUAUUUAUUCACCUAUUAUUAUUUUAUCCUCAUUAUCUUAUCAUCAUUUAUUGCAUGUGUGUUGUACCAUCAUUUAUCCUGUAAUAAACAGAUCAUUAUUUUUCUAAGUUCCUGUCUGUUAGUGUUCUUCCAGAAGUGGAGUCCCUGAAAUUAGAAUUUCGACUUAAGAUAUGAGACUGAUUAAUUAAGACUGAUUAAUUAAGACUGAUUAAUUAAGACUGAUUAAUUAAAACUGACUUGAUGUUUGAUUUCUGAAUUAAACUUUUGUUUUCUUUAUUUUCCCACCAUUAAGGGUGGGUGGUGCCCCUUUCAACGAGUGCAUAAAUGUCACAAUUUGAGAUUAUUAAUCUUCAGACAUUUAUUAUAAAUUCCAAUCGCCAAGUAUUAUUUUGGUGCGGCCUUGUGAGGCUCAUUUCAAAUCGCUACAUAUAUUUUGGUGCGACCGUAUGAGGCUCAUUUCAAAUCACUACAUAUAUUUUGGUGCCCCUGUGUGAGGCGUUUCAAACAAAACUUCUGGAUACUAACAGACAACCUAAAACUUAGCCUUCCAAAUUGAUGCGAGAAACUUAUUCCCAGGCUAUUUUAGACUUAAUCACAAUCAAUGCUAUGCUUGCUGAAGUUGCUUGACUAAGUUCUGAUGUUUUCCUGAUCUAUGCAUAAAACCUUUAUGCUCUGUGUUUCACACACUUUUGUACUACAUGCCUGUAGUCUGUGUUUGAGCUGGACAGCGUGAAAUGUUGUUCUGAGUAGCAGUGAGACUGACUCCUCUGCUCUGUCUAGACUGUCCAAUAUUUAAGUGCACGAUUGUUGCGUCGCCGUACGCUUGUAUUUAAGGCCUUUGGCUGAACCCAGUGUUCGCGAUGCUCCGAGCUGUGGUUUCAAGCCCCUGAAGUCUCUGUAGUCUGCUGCGAGGUUCUAGUAACUAUAUGGGAUUCAGAUUUCCUCCUUUCCCCUGACAGAUUAGCUACCUGUCACAGGAAACCACUGUAACAGUGGGAGGUUGUUGUUUGAUUGAAUUCAGACAAAAUUUGUGUUCACAAAUCGCCGCAUUUGUGAUUUUAAAGUCUGCAGUUGAAUCUGCUGUUGAGGGAUUUGUCACUUUGAUUCUUGUCUCUAUAGUCUGCUACGAAGUUCUAGUAACUAUAUGGGAUUCAGAUUUCCUCCUUUCCCCUGACAGAUUAACUACCUGUCACAGGAAACCACUGUAACAGUGGGAGGUUGUUGUUCGAUUGAAUUAAGACAAAAUUUGUGUUCACAAAUCGCAGCAUUUGUGAUUUUAAGUUUGCAGUUGAAUCUGCUGUUGAGGGAUUUGUCACUUUGAUUCUUGUUCCUGUAAAUGAUUUUAUUGAACCAAUCUGCCUGAGCAGAUGGUGUAAGGUUCUAUGUUUGAGGGUGCAGACACAGCCUGCUGUGAAAUGUUAACCCUUUGUUGUCAGUGGAGAGACUGACCAUUUGGCCUUAAGCAGAUAAGGCCCUUCGAGGAGGCAGAGCCUAAAGGCCCCUUCCUUCAUACUUCCCAACUCCUCACAGCCACAAGAGGCUAGUUGGAUGACUGUUUCCUCUUCUCUUCUUCUUCUCCACUUGUGUUGAGCUUGUGCAGUUACCCCAACUCCAUACUGCCCCACAUGGUUGUUUUUGGUAUUGAGCUAACACUGCUAUUAUCUGCCUGCAGUAUCAGCCAGCUGUACUGCCUCUCUGUAGUCAGUGUGUAACACUCUACAGACAUAACUCAAGUGAUUGACUUGGUUGAUGAAGUUUGAUGUGCUUAUUCUAAAUCAUUGAUCAUUGAUUUUUGAUUUUUAUCUUUGUUAUAAGAGCCUACAUAAUGUAUUGAUAAAGUAACUCCUUGAAUCAAUCACCUGAUCUGUUGUUACUUAUCACACCAUUGAGCAGUUUUACUGUUCCCUAUAAUACAUGAAUGUAUUAACCCUCCUCAUAAGAUUAAUUAAUUAAUGAACAAAUUAAUUAAUAUUUGAAAUCUAUUUUACCAUUUCAGAUGAAUUGGGUAGUUGAAUCUUUGGCUUUAUUGCGAUUUGUGAAUUAACUUCAGAGUUAAUUCCUUAAAUUGACAAUUUCAUUGGUUUCAGAUUCAUCCAACUGCAUCAGGCAGUUUAUUUAAGCUUUGCUGAUCUCUGCAACACGGAGACAAUUUGAACCCUUUAUUCAAUGGUUCUGUAUCUGAUGUUAAAUUUAAUUUAACAUUAUUUCACCUUGUUUUAUUUCAAUUUUCAUUGAAAUGAAUUUAACUUUAUGUUAUUUUUCUCUCCAUUAGAGAUCUACUCAGAUAGGCUCUUCCUCUUUAUCAAGCACUGAUAAAUUAAGUCGAUUAACUCACUUAAUUUGAUAUUUUGCUUCUUCUUUUCAUUUGAAGCCAACUCAAACUCAUCAACCAACCACCUGCACCUCUUUACCUAAACCAAACAUGCCUAACACAAAAGAGUCCAGCCAGGGAGACCCCCUGAGGGACAUACACACAGUGUUAGCAAACUUAACUAGUCAGCUGAUACCUCAGUACAUGACUAAGAUUCAUAAGGCCAAACCCUCCAAUCCGGAGGAUGAAAUGGCUGACUUACUGGAAACAGCCUUAACCACGACACUUCGUGACAAAGAGCUCACUAGAUGCAUGUCUGUCAUGAUGUCUUCUCAGAUUGAGUAUAAAGACUACUUGCUGGAAUGCGCUUUAGCAAAGAUAAAGGCGCAAAAAGAUGAAAACAGCGCUCUGAAAAAGACGCUAGAGGAGACUAAGAAGUCUUUAAGUGUUUUAGAAAAACACAGUGCCAGAUGUGAAGCGUCAAAGCUUCCCUCACUGAUAAGUCAUGAAGAAAAUCUUGAUCUCAAAGACAAGAUUGAAAGACUUAAUGAAAACCUUUACAAAAAGGAGAAAGAACUUGAUGACACGAAUAAGCAGCUUGCUAAGACCACAGAGGAUCUGAUACAGUCAGAAUCCCUACUAGAGCAAGCAACAGAAGAUGUAAAAGCUUUGAAAGCACUGGUCAAAGUGCGUGCUGAAGCUCUUGAAGUUAAGGAGAAGCAAACUUCUACCUUACAGCACCAGCUCCAGAUAGCUCAAAGACAGUUAAUUCUUUGUCAAGAACGGCAAGAAAAGACAGACAAAGAACUUGAAGAUGCCCAAAGAGAGUUACAAUGCUCCCUCCAGUCGGGUCGAGCCCAAAGAGAACGCAUGGAGCAAACGUUUCUUGAAGAAAUGAUAGGUGAUCAGCCUCCUGAGAGAGCGCCAUCACUUCCUUCCAAACCAACUCUUAAGUAUCUCUCUCAGCAUCAUGACAGGACCCUGCUUGACCCUGAGAGGUCAUCCUUAAACCAAGAGUCCUACUCUCCUCCCCAUGAUGGCUUCUUACCAUCUCCCUCAGACAGGGAUCUUGACAAAAUUGCUCGCAACAUAGCACGCUUUGAACCUGAGCACCAAGCUGCUAUUGACACCUGCACCUACUUGAAAGACAUUGACUUUUACCUGAGGAAAUUUCCAGGUGCAACCAUUGAGGACAAAAUCUACCUUAUUAAGGCAACGUCAAGUCGAGAGGUUAGCAGUUUCCUUGAACGACAGCCUUAUCAUGUCAGAAAUAAUUAUGACUUGCUCUGCCAAGCAUUAAUUGAAGAGUUUUCUGACUAUUUGACCCAGACAGGCCUCUCUGCUGCUCUGUCUAUUAAACAAGGGAGAUCAGAACCUCCUCAACAGUAUUACAACCGCUUACGCGAAGCUUACUUUGGUUUCCGAAAUGAACCAGAAAUGGAGGAGGACUUGAACUUCAAAACGCUGUUCGUCCAGAACCUCCACCCUACCACCAGUCAUCACCUUGGCGUCUUAGCUUGUCCAAACACUUCGACUAGCCGACAGCUUCGUGAACUUGCUGUAAAAGGUUUUGCCAAACAACGACAAACUUUGGCUAAGAAAGCAGAGCCCGUUACUCUCUUGGCUAUGGAGACAAAAUCACUGCCCAUGGAGCUGAACGAAGCUUCAGACUGUGUUUUUUUCAAGCUCCGAUAAGCCUCCAAAUGAGUGGUUAACCAGGCCUCCAAAACCUUUUCGACCUCAACAAACUCACAAAGGUCAAAGUUACACACCAAGGCCCAGGUCUGACCCAGACCAAUGCCAGGUAAACUUUGAGACCAACUGUUGUUAUUCAGACUCCCGUCACGGUGGGUUUUAUCCCAGACAAAGGAAAAACCAUCGACACCGCCAAAGGGGGGUGAAUGACUGGCAGAAUCAGAGUAAAUCACACUCUCAGAAACGACGAUCUUAUUAUCCACCUCAAUCGGUUUCAUCCACUUCGAAGGUGAAUAAACAUGACAACUCAGCUAACCACUGAGAUUAACACUGCGGAGUCAUGAAGGUGUGAGUCCUGCGAAAGCAGAAGUCACCUAGCCAAAGCUAAAUGACUCCAAUAAGAUAUCCAAAUGCUGUGGUGAUACAUUGAUGACUGCAAUCCCAGUUGCUGCUUUCUUUGUUAGCAUUUGUCUCUCCUCUGUCAAUAUGGUCAGCUUGUCAGCUGUCAAAGAUCCCAUGAACAGAUUAAAACCUGAAAUUUCUGUCCUUAAGACUCAGAUUGACAAAUUUCAGACUCAACAGCAGAUAAUUAGUCAAACCGAUAAGAGCAUCAUCCCCAAGUUUAACAGACAAAGUUUAAGAGAAACUCUGUGCAGUAAACUUUUGAUGUUUGUGAUUCAGGUUGACUAUGCUCAUACACAGAUGGUUAAUAUGUCUAUAGCAGACAUUUCUUUUCCACCUAAGUCUUAACCAUUUUUGAAACUGAAAUGGAACUUUCAGACUUCUCCAGCAAGCAUGAAAAACAGCUAUAGCUUUAGAUCCAGUUAGCAUUCAGACUAAAGAGUGCUUUUCUAAAUCUCAUUAAUACUGAAAAUUAGGAGAUUUUCUUUCACAUUAGUCUACCAAUAGUUAACUGAGAAAAUUCUAACACCUAGACGAUUUUAUUUGAUAGCUUAAUGCAUGCUUGAUGUUAUCUUAAAGCAGAUACUAGUGAUUCACAUAGUGAUAAUGAGACGCAUCAGUCCUAUUUGCAUACACCUGCUGCUGCUGCUGCUUCUUCAUGGUUGUCUACUCGUCGUCCCGAUGCUCCAUGGACAGGACCGCCGUGACGAAGGGGGGACUGUAGCAAUCAAGACAACCCUGGGUGUAAAACUCACACAUUCCUCAAAGGGAAGUUUCCUUAUCUGGUCCCAGGAAACAGGAUAUAAAUCUUUCCAGACUUGUGUGCACUUUCAGGUUACCUAACUGACCCAAGACCGGAGGUUGACUUAACCUCUGACUCUUCACGAUUGGUCGAUUCGGAGAACAGAGACAGAGUUUUAUUACCUUUCAAACUGACUCCAUUUGCUGACCAUCUAAAUAAACAUUAACCUCAACCUAGAUCUCCCAUUUGAGAUUUAGCAGUCUUAAAGUGUGUGAACAUACGGACCCCAGGAUAAGGGGGGACACUGACCUCCAGACCUCGGUCGUAAAACCCUGCUCGACCAUACACUGAUAAAGACUACAUUCCUUUGGUGAAAGAAUACAAAUGACUGAUCCUGACAUCUUAUGCAUUCAGCAAUGUACUAAUCUGUCUAAUCAUGAAAUUUGUGUUAAAAUGAGAUGUUUCCCGUUUUUCUAUGUGCUCCAGAAGCCGAGUUAUCGCUCUUUAGUUUCUUUAGACCAACAGCUUUUCAGACUGUUUCAUGAACUUUUAAGAGUUAAAUUUAUUGAUUGUGACUCAUAACUUAGCUCUAAUUAACAGAAAUGGUUUAGAAAUGUUUGUUCUAUAUUUUAAUCGUUUAUUUAGUAUUUUUAACCAUUAGGUGGUUAUAAUGUCAUUGAAUAACCUGAAUGUGAGUAUUUAGAAUCCAUCAUUAAUCAUGAUGACGUUCAUUCACAUGUAUUUACUCUUUUGUUGUUCACAGUUUCCAUGUGUUACUAUCUGUUUCAUUUCAGAGUAAUUUAGCAUGUUUAAUGUGAUACUUAAAACAUAAUGAGAAUGUUUGAUGUGAUCCUACACUUCAUUCAUAUGUGUUUAGUAUCAAAUUAUUUAUCAUGAAACCAAGCAUUCAAUGAUAUUAAUCAUAGUGAGUGAGUAUCAGAUCUGACUCUUUUACCAGCCAAAAGAAUAAGUUAGAUCAAAUAAUCAGAGACCCGAUGACCCCUCCUUUUUCUCCUCAGACACUCCCAGUGUGAGAAGAUAAAACCAGUGGAGUGGGGUUGCUCACGUCUCUUAUCUCUCUCUUAUCCUCUUAUCUCUCUUAUGCUUCUCUCUCUUGUUCACUCUUAUUCUCUCUUAGCUCUUAUUCCUCUUAUGCUUCUGCUCUUCUGCUGACUCUCUUGUCCCCGGCUCUUAUGCCCCUUCUCUUCUGCCCACACCCUUCUGUGGUGCGUUUCUUUGUUUUCUCUUAGAACUUUUUCUUAGUCUUCUAAGUUUUACGCCACGUGUUGAUUCACGUUGAUUUUUCUUUAACAUCGUCUUAGUUCAAGUUUUGAAACUUCAACUUUUUGUGCACAUAGCAAUUCAAGAUUAAGCCUUUGAUUGAUUUUCUUUAAUUUCGCGAAGCCAUUUUUGAAAGUUUUCUCUGCUCUUCGAGCCUCGUUUUUCUGAGUUUUCUGCGUGAUUUCAAAGUCACCUCCGAACGCAAUCCAACAGGCCCAGGUCAUCCUCUGUGCCAGAGUUUUUGAGUGAGACUAAAGAAGUACCCAAACGAGCAUCCACAGGAUCCACAGGCGCUGGUUUUUGCUUCGGGCCUGAGUGCUGCAACUCCUGGCUCAUCCUUCGGCUGACUUCAGUCGUCUUCUGAGCUGAACCGCUCGAACCGCCAGUAGCCCGGACCUUCGGAACCUGCUCCAUCUUCUCCAAGGACCAGUCUCACUUAAGUAUGCAAACCUCCAGAGCUCUAAAGAGGGCUGAUGCUGUCUCCUGCGUUCAACUCAGAUAUCCUCUUAUUCUGGUAAUCUUAGAUUCCUCCAAAUCCACAUCCGAGUUUAUCUCGACACUAAAGUUAGUGUAGGUUAAUAUGUUAGCGCAUAUUCACUCACUAUCAUUAACUUUAGUGCUCCUAGCCUGACUCAGAAUCUUUAUUUAUUCACCUAUUAUUAUUUUAUCCUCAUUAUCUUAUCAUCAUUUAUUGCAUGUGUGUUGUACCAUCAUUUAUCCUGUAAUAAACAGAUCAUUAUUUUUCUAAGUUCCUGUCUGUUAGUGUUCUUCCAGAAGUGGAGUCCCUGAAAUUAGAAUUUCGACUUAAGAUAUGAGACUGAUUAAUUAAGACUGAUUAAUUAAGACUGAUUAAUUAAGACUGAUUAAUUAAAACUGACUUGAUGUUUGAUUUCUGAAUUAAACUUUUGUUUUCUUUAUUUUCCCACCAUUAAGGGUGGGUGGUGCCCCUUUCAACGAGUGCAUAAAUGUCACAAUUUGAGAUUAUUAAUCUUCAGACAUUUAUUAUAAAUUCCAAUCGCCAAGUAUUAUUUUGGUGCGGCCUUGUGAGGCUCAUUUCAAAUCGCUACAUAUAUUUUGGCGCGACCGUAUGAGGCUCAUUUCAAAUCACUACACCUCAGAACCAACAGCCCAGGCUCGGCCACUCUCAUAUCCCAGUUUCCUGUUCAGACCACGGUCCAAGUCUUUCCAGGCUAAAAAUAGUCUUGAAAUAAUCCGGUUAUGAGAAUUACUGAUGCACCUUGCUGACAGAGGUAACACUUGCAUCAGCUGAUAAUUUAGCUCGCUUGUCACUCCGCCGUCUCUCCAUCCAUUCCUCGAAUUACAGUCUCCUCUGUCAAUGUCACAUCAAUAAGCAGAUCAUUCAGAUAUUAAAACUAACUUUCCUUUAAUUAUUACAAACAGAAGCAGCACCCUAAAAAGACGAGGACUUUAUCCUCCUAAUGUAGCGACCGUGGUUACCUCGGUGACAGAAGAGGUUGGCGAUGAAUCGUUACAUUCUCGAACCUCGCCCCCUUGAAGUCGUUACAUGUCCUCAUUCCAAACUCUCCUCACAAGAUGAAAACCAUGAAGCAGCAGCAGAUUCUGACUUAUGUGAAAAGUUCAUUAAACAAGGACUUAAAUUAAAACGACAAAAAUAACUUACUUCAAAAUGUCCAACUGAAAAAUCCAAAUAAGUAAAGAGCAUCAGAACGGACAGAAUCCAGAACCAAGAGACACCAGAACCAAGGGACACCAGAACCAAGAGACACCAGAACCAAGAGACAUCAGAACGGAAAGAAUCCAGAACCAAGGGACACCAGAACCAAGAGACAUCAGAACGGAAAGAAUCCAGAACCAAGAGACACCAGAACCAAGGGACACCAGAACCAAGGGACACCAGAACCAAGAGACACCAGAACCAAGGGACACCAGAACCAAGAGACAUCAGAACGGAAAGAAUCCAGAACCAAGAGACACCAGAACCAAGGGACACCAGAACCAAGGGACACCAGAACCAAGAGACACCAGAACCAAGAGACAUCAGAACGGAAAGAAUCCAGAACCAAGAGACACCAGAACCAAGGGACACCAGAACCAAGAGACACCAGAACCAAGAGACACCAGAACGGAAAGAAUCCAGAGUCAAGAGACAACAGAACCAAGGGACACCAGAACCAAGAGACACCAGAACGGAAAGAAUCCAGAACCAAGGGACACCAGAACCAAGGGACACCAGAACCAAGAGACACCAGAAAGGAAAGAAUCCAGAACCAAGAGACACCAGAACCAAGGGACACCAGAACCAAGAGACACCAGAACCAAGAGACACUAGAACGGAAAGAAUCCAGAGCCAAGAGACACCAGAACCAAGGGACACCAGAACCAAGAGACACCAGAACCAAGAGACACCAGAACGGAAAGAAUCCAGAACCAAGAGACACCAGAACCAAGGGACACCAGAACCAAGAGACACCAGAACCAAGAGACACCAGAACGGAAAGAAUCCAGAACCAAGAGACACCAGAACCAAGGGACACCAGAACCAAGAGACACCAGAACGGAAAGAAUCCAGAACCAAGAGACACCAGAACGAAAAGAAUCCAGAACCAAGAGACACCAGAACCAAGGGACACCAGAACCAAGGGACACCAGAACCAAGAGACACCAGAACCAAGAGACACCAGAACGGAAAGAAUCCAGAACCAAGAGACACCAGAACAAAAAGAAUCCAGAACCAAGAGACACCAGAACCAAGGGACACCAGAACCAAGGGACACCAGAACCAAGAGACACCAGAACGGAAAGAAUCCAGAACCAAGAGACACCAGAACCAAGAGACACCAGAACGGAAAGAAUCCAGAACCAAAAGACACCAGAACAAAAAGAAUCCAGAACCAAGAGACACCAGAACCAAGGGACACCAGAACCAAGGGACACCAGAACCAAGAGACACAAGAACGGAAAGAAUCCAGAACCAAGAGACACCAGAACGAAAAGAAUCCAGAACCAAGAGACACCAGAACCAAGAGACACCAGAACCAAGGGACACCAGAACCAAGAGACACCAGAACCAAGAGACACCAGAACGGAAAGAAUCCAGAACCAAGAGACACCAGAACAAAAAGAAUCCAGAACCAAGAGACACCAGAACCAAGGGACACCAGAACCAAGGGACACCAGAACCAAGAGACACCAGAACGGAAAGAAUCCAGAACCAAGAGACACCAGAACCAAGAGACACCAGAACGGAAAGAAUCCAGAACCAAGAGACACCAGAACGAAAAGAAUCCAGAACCAAGAGACACCAGAACCAAGGGACACCAGAACCAAGGGACACCAGAACCAAGAGACACCAGAACCAAGAGACACCAGAACGGAAAGAAUCCAGAACCAAGAGACACCAGAACAAAAAGAAUCCAGAACCAAGAGACACCAGAACCAAGGGACACCAGAACCAAGGGACACCAGAACCAAGAGACACCAGAACGGAAAGAAUCCAGAACCAAGAGACACCAGAACCAAGAGACACCAGAACGGAAAGAAUCCAGAACCAAAAGACACCAGAACAAAAAGAAUCCAGAACCAAGAGACACCAGAACCAAGGGACACCAGAACCAAGGGACACCAGAACCAAGAGACACAAGAACGGAAAGAAUCCAGAACCAAGAGACACCAGAACGAAAAGAAUCCAGAACCAAGAGACACCAGAACCAAGAGACACCAGAACCAAGGGACACCAGAACCAAGAGACACCAGAACCAAGAGACACCAGAACGGAAAGAAUCCAGAACCAAGAGACACCAGAACAAAAAGAAUCCAGAACCAAGAGACACCAGAACCAAGGGACACCAGAACCAAGGGACACCAGAACCAAGAGACACCAGAACGGAAAGAAUCCAGAACCAAGAGACACCAGAACCAAGAGACACCAGAACGGAAAGAAUCCAGAACCAAGAGACACCAGAACAAAAAGAAUCCAGAACCAAGAGACACCAGAACCAAGGGACACCAGAACCAAGGGACACCAGAACCAAGAGACACCAGAACGGAAAGAAUCCAGAACCAAGAGACACCAGAACCAAGAGACACCAGAACGGAAAGAAUCCAGAACCAAGAGACACCAGAACAAAAAGAAUCCAGAACCAAGAGACACCAGAACCAAGGGACACCAGAACCAAGGGACACCAGAACCAAGAGACACAAGAACGGAAAGAAUCCAGAACCAAGAGACACCAGAACGAAAAGAAUCCAGAACCAAGAGACACCAGAACCAAGAGACACCAGAACCACGAGACACCAGUAAAACCAGGAGGAGAUCAGGUAGAGAUGAAACACACUCGGUAUGUUUACAGUCACAGUUUAAUCGGACUAUAAGCUCAUUAUUCUUUUUUUUCUCUGAAUCAGACUUCUCUCCUCGUCCUCGUUUACAUGCAGCUGAGAAAAUCAAAUAUGUGACAUGAAAGUGUCCUCCUCCCCAACACUAGGGGGUGAUAUGGGUCUUUUUCUGACCCACAUGCACUGUCCGAUCACACUCCGACUAUUCUGGUUACAUGGAGAGAAAAUCGGAUUCCAGUCGCAUUAUCUGGGUGUCUUAAUCAGAGUUCUCAAACUCUGAUUAUAGUCGGACUAAGGUGUUUACAUGACCUUUAGUUGUCCGGUCUUAAUCGGAAUAAGGCGAUAAUUCGGUUUCUCAAGUGUCAUGGAAACAGACUAAGUAAUUAUGUAAAUGAAAGAAGUAAAUAACAGGAGGAGAGGAGGUGGAGUAGAGUGUGUUUGUUUUUGAUCAACUACUACAAAAUAAAACAGGAAGUACAUCUUGACUAGAUUUACAGGGAAUGACUACUACAAAAUAAAACAGACAACACUGAAAACUGAUGGACAGAUUAAAACACUGAGAACAGGAGGGACACGGGUCAAAGACAAACUAAAAACUCCAGAAACAGGAUCAGAGGCGACGGAAAAAUGAGGGAAAAUACCAGGAAAAAACUAAAAACUCAAGACCUGAUCAGGACAUCAGGCUGUUUCUGUCCUCCUACAGCAGACUCUGGCGGGGCGCAGUAGACCUGAUCCAGGUCUUUAGGAUAGAGUAAUGAACUGUUUUAUCCUGCGAGUACCUGAUAAACGGUCGUCACGCAGUUAUUAAAGCAUUCCCCUCUGAGAGAGAGAGCUGAAAACUGAUGAAUAAAACAGACCGUCUAAUGUGUUUGCUCAGCGCGGCUCAGAGAUCUUAGUGUUGAAUCAUUUAUCCUCCUGAAUUAACCCUCUACCUAACCCACGCUCUCCCUCGCCGUGGUUAUUCUCCUGAUGGAUUAGUGGAGAAUGUGGCGUCUCCUGCCUGAGAGUGCAGCUGUGCCUGGCUGCCUUUACAGUAGCACACUCCUCACUACACGGCUCACUACAUUGGUUUAAUCUCCGCUAUAGGGGCUGGAGAGGAGCGUGGCGGGCUGAAUGGGAAACAUGCUGCUGAGAUUUUCAAUUAAGCUCCCUGUGAACGGCUCAUUGGCUGAACGGAGUCUCUGGAGGAGGCUCGUUUUAUUUCUCUGCAAACUUCUCUUUUCUUUCUCACUUUCAUGGGUUGAGAUUUGACUCCUCUGAGACCGAGGAAGAUUCCGGACUCUUCAGGUUUGGGUCUGUCCUCUACAGGCUCCUGGUUCUGUUUUCUGUGGUCCAGUAGACAGUGAAGUUCUGGAUUCACAAAUAUCAACGAAAGGCUGUAGAGAGGUUUCAGUUAAAGAGAAUAAAUGAUCUGGAGAGAGGACAAACUGACGUGUUUUACCAGAGGAGGUUUUCAGAUUUCAUUCCACUUCACUAAAACCAGGUAUACACGACACGGAUACGACUAAACCCAAAUUUACACCAGAUCCUGAACGGCUACGAGGAGGUGGUUUGUGCCGACUGUCGCCGAUUGUUUCCAUUCAAGUUAACGUCUCAAUUUACACCGACUUCUUUCUGGACGCCGGAGCAUGGCGGAUUCAGCACAGAUUAACCCGUGCUGGAAAGGAAGUCGGGCACAGACACAAAAUAAAACAUCCGGCUUCUUUUCAAAAUAAAACACUCCGUGUUUCAGGAGGAUCGUAUUUCACACCAUGCAAACGGGCGGAGACGAACAAGUGAAAGGUUUUUAGACGUCAUUUCACCCCGAUGACACCAUGGAUGAGGAGAUGCUGAUUCUAGAAGUCUAGAAGUAGAUUUCCUCCUCUGGAAGGACACGAUCUACUGCUUAUAUGUCUAUGUGUCUGUCUUUAGAGAGACAACUGUGGGUUCUUGUGAGUUCUUGCGAUUACAGCUGUCUGUAAUCCACCAGAGAAUUCUCCUCACCAAAGGAUUCAGUAGGAAUUGGCGGAUGUUGAAAAUCAUUGCCGUUCCGGAUCAGAGCCGUUCCAUAUGCUGUGGAAAUUAGGGGUAAGACUGUGAAUAUUUAUGUAUAUAAAUAAGUAAAUAUAUCGAUCUCCCGCUCCAUUCUUCCCUCACUCCUGAACAAAACCCUGAGAUACUUGAACUUCUCCACGUGGGACAGAAUCUCAUCCCCAUCCCGACAUGGACUCAGAUUUGGAGGUGCUGAUUCUCAUCCCCGCUGCUUCACAUUCAGUAGCUGAAGUCCUUUUCUAAUGAACUCUGCUGACUCAGGAGACCCUGCUCCUUCAGUCUCAGUUUAAUCAGAAUAAACUCAUAACUCGUCUUUUUCUCUGAAUCCGACUUCUCUCCAUGUCCUCGUUUACAUACAGCUGAGAAAAUCAAAUCAUUGACGUGAACGCGUCCUCCUCCCCAACACUAGGGGGCGAUAUGGGUCUUUUCAGUGGCGCUGUUUCCGACCCCAUCCAACCGUCAACAACAACAACAGCAGGUCGGUGUCAGACGUCAGAAGUGUCUCCAACUGCUGCUGUGAGUAAGGCGAUAAUUUGUUUUUCUCAAGCGUCGUGGAAACGGACUGACUGAGAGGAGGAAAUGUUGAUCGUCUUGAUUUAUUUGCGACUAUAAAAAACAAUAAACCUACAAACCGAGACGUGGCUGAAACUGGCUAAACAUCGGAAUGACACGUUCACGGGCGACUUAUCAGUAAAAAUUAGGCUCCACAGGUCUGUUGCAAUAAUAAUCCACAGUGAGUUUUAUUUUCACACCAUUAGGAUCGAAACGCAGGAUUGCAUGAAAAGGUACAAGUUCACACGGAUUCUUCCUUGACAAGUGCGAAAAAAACCUAAAUUGACGAUCAAAAACUUGUAUGCUCUCAGAUUUGGACAGAAAGACGCUCUUAGAUCCUGUUUCUAUCUCGUCUUCUUCAGUUUGAACCUGAUUUGUGACGAGGACGAAGACAAACCAGAGCGGAGAACCUGCUGUAAACAUCCGGAGCGUCUCUAAUCCUGCAGAAACACACCGAUGCACGAUCAGCAAACAUGUAGUCAGCGUGAGUCCGUGAUCAGACGGCUUCAUGACUUCAUUACGACGUUAAAACAUGUGGAGGCUGCAGGUUCCUGAACACACACCAGUAAAAGACACUAGAGUGAAACUUUACGGCUCCAAGGUCACUUAUCGGUCACGCUCUGUGGGCUGAUCCGGCGUUCGUCAGCAGUGGUCGGUAGAAACGCGGCCCGCAGCACUCCCAUCAGCCCCCUGGUUCAGCUGCUCGCUCUGCAGCAGAGGGAGGAUUUAAUUAGCAGCAGAUUGAUGCGGGACGGGAGCGCUGAUAGGAAACCCGCCUCAGCGGACGGACGGGCCUCUGAGCUGCUAAAGGUCCAGAUCCAACCCCGUUAUUUGAGGGGUGUGAAUAACGCCAAUCAGCACGUCUCCGUGAAAAACAGCAGAAAUCGCCGUUCAGAGAGUAGAAGAGCGCAGAGAUGAGAGUUCAAACACUUUCUCGUCUCUGCAGAGCUCCUAAAGUCUCCACAAACUGUCACCGACUGUUCAAUCGUCGGUUUUAGAAGGUUACAAAAUUGGCUGAUUUUCCCACCAACAAUUUCAGCGGCGGAGAGUGUCUUUGGAGAGCGCUCUGAUCAUUUGACAUCAUGUUUGAUGGAGCGCACUGACGCCUUAAUGCUCCGGCGGCUGAACGAGAGCGGAUCUCAGCAGUCAGGUUUCAAAACAGAGAGGAGAGAUUUCUCAGAGGAGCGGGGACGAGAGGAGCUUCAACGAACGACGCGUGGAUUUGUCCUUUUAAUCACACAGACGAUGGUCGACAAGAGCGGGACCGACGCCGUGAGUGAGUUAUUAAAAAGGAUGUGAAAUAUGACUGGAGUGUCAAGAACCACGAGUCCAGGAAAAGGAUGACGAGCGUUCCUGCUGUCAAGACCCUCCUGAACCAGAGUCAUAAGAGUCUCAGCUGGACUAAGGUCGUGUUCACGCCAGAAGGUCCGUUUUCUUAUUCUGGACUGCGUAUCGGCAGACUUUAACGGAUGAACAGCUGGGAGGACUCGGCGAUUAAAGAAUGUGUGAAUACAAGCAAGUCGAAGACGGUGCUCUGCAGUCGGACGAUCAUUUCACAAAGACGACGGGCAGUAAUGAGAGUCGACCUCCAUGUUUCUGUGAUUGGGGUGGAGGGGGUUCACACCAGAAGUAAACCGCUCUAGAGUUCACUUGAUAGCGGUCCGAGACCACCCCUACCAGGCGGACCCGAGAGCGGUCGACUGGUCCACACCAGAGUUCAACACCAACCAAAACGAACCGUUCCAAGGAGGUAAACGCUCCAGGGUUCGGUUCAACUGGACUCAACGAGGCUGGUGUGAACGUGACCUGAGAAGAAAAAGGACCGGACUAUCGCUCAGGGGUCCAAAGUCCUGCUGGAAUGAAGGUCCGCUUAGCAUCUCCUCCCAGAGAAGAUCAGAGAGGCCCAGAAUCCCAGGAACUUAAGGUCCAGCAUGUCAUCUGCUGCUGCUGGUCUACUGUCUUCAUGCCUUAUCUACUGAGAGGGUUUAUGGAGAUCCAGAUUUACAUUCCUGCAGGACCCAGUACCUGCCCACAGCGCCAGAACUACCAGAUACUUGUUUCCUGACUGUGGUGUUCUUGAGCUCGACUGUCCAACCAACUGGUCUGGCUGGUCCCCACAGAGGAUCUCUGGAGGAUCAUUAGGAGGACGAUGAGAAACAUCUCACCCAAGAACACAGAACAGCUGACGGCUGCUAGCACGACUUAGUUAGCACCUGCCCGCGGCGCCAAAACCACCAGAAACUGCUUUACUGAUCAUGUUGUUACCAUGGUUACCUUCUCCAGCAGAGACCACUGAAGUAAGACCACCACAGAACAUCACGUCAGGAAGGUUUCCUCAAAGAAGUUUCCACAAACCGACCGACGUCAUGUCAAAUAUUUCAUCUCUACGUUUCUGUUUCUUACCGACGAGAUCCCACUCUCCGUUGGCGAUGUAUCCUGUAACAUCGGCCUCGAUCAUCUGCAGAUCCAGAGACCAGCCGCCGUACGUCCACGAGCCGAACUUCAGGUCACAGCGCUGCACGUCAAAGGGAAACCAGCGCACGUCGAUGUAACAGGUGCUCUUAAAUAUCCCUGAAACAAAACCGAAAUCAGGAAAGUUAACGAGCACAAGAAAUGCAGGAGGAGACAGAGAGGAGCUCAAAGAAGGAAAUGAAGCUGUGGAAGAAAGAGAAUAAAGUCAGAGCUGUCGAGUUUCAGCAGGAGAUCAAUAACUGAUCAAAACAUGCAAAAAUAACGACUGAGAGAAGAAAAAAAAACACAGAAUAACUUCAUGAAAUGAAUCAAAUCUCCAAAGCUGAGCUGAAAGAAAGAGUGAGGACAGUCUGAGUGUGAGGAGAGGAGCAGAAGGAGCUGAGAUCCACCAGAGGAGGAGAAACUUUAAUAAAAAUAAAAACAGAAGUUAUUUUUACUACAGGUCAGUCCUCUCUCUGUAACAGUUACAGAGUUACAGGUUUUUUUUUUGUUUUAAUGACAGAAAUCAGCCGGGGAAUCCAAUCAGAUCCCAGAUCAGCCGACACCUGCCGUCUCCCAGAAAAGAUGAAAGUUUAAUGAUCCCGGAGGAGAAACCAGGACGCCGCUGCAGCGAAAAGUAAACAGGAAACAGCGGAGGAGAGUUUCAGAUAAAAAUAGAGCGAGAGGAAAAACGCUGAGGAGGGUUUCUUUAUAAAAACACAAGAGGAGGAGGAGGAGGAGGAGGAGGAGGGUCACAGUUUAAUCAGGAGGAGAGGAGGAAACCUGAUUACAGAGGAGGUCAAGAACUUAUUAUUCAUAUUCAUACAAGCAGCAAAUAUUAAAUAUAUUAAAAUAUUAAAGUGUCACCUAUAGAGAUAUAAAUGUAGUUCUGCUGAGAGGGAGCAGACAUCACUUCUUCACUUUAAAGAGUUUUGACUUCAUGUUGGGGAGAAAAGUAUUUUUAUACUGUAUCAUAAAAACAGGAGGAUUAGAGUUUUUUUACAGCUGAUAUGAAAACAAAGACUAAAGAUCGAACAGAUCAGUCAGACUUAAAGAGCUUUUAGAAAAAAAACGUCUUUAAAACGUCCAGACCUGAUUCAGAACCACGUCUCUCAGUUUUAGACUGUCCUCAGACUGUCUUUCAUUCUGUCCCUCUGCUUUUCAGACACAAACAAACAAACAAACAAACAAACAAACAAACACACUCCUCUUUCCUCUCUUCUCCUCCUCUUAUUUACUUCUUUCAUUUACAUAAUCACUCAGUCCGUUUCCAUGACACUCGAGAAAACCGAAUUAUCGCCUUAUUCCGAUUAAGACCGGACAACUGAAGGUCAUGUAAACACCUUAGUCCGACUCUAAUCGGAGUUUGAGAACUCUGAUUAAGACACCCAGAUAAUGAGAUUGGAAUUC